GGCAGACAGAAGGUUGAUUGAAGUAGUCUGUGGUCUUAUGAGCUGCCCAUUCGGUGUGACCUGAAAUACUUCUUUAAAGCCACUGCUAUCUAAUCGCCAAUGUCGACAAUAAUUCAUCUUUCUCUUUUCCGAACAAAUCUCAAAUACGGUGACCGUAUUGAGUAACAGCUGUUAAAAUGUGGCAUCUGGGCAGCUCCCCAGUAGUGGCUAGAAACCAUGCUUUAGUUUUCUUGUCUUUCUUCUUCACAACAAUAGCUACAAUUGCCGUCGGGUUGCGGGUCUGCACUCGAGCCCUGGUGAUUCGAAGAUUCGGUGCCGAUGAUUAUCUUAUGGUAUUAGCCAUGCUCGGAUCAAUUUCGUUCUUCACGGCUGCCAUGUACGAAAUACGAUUCGGCCUUGGUGACGAAGUGAGAUUGGACCAACUUGUCGACUUCCUGAAAGCUCUUUAUGCAAUGAUUCUAUCAUAUACAUCGACUCAACUUCUACUCAAGUUCUCUCUCCUGUUCCAGUAUAAGCGGAUUUUUCAAACUCCUCAGUCAAGAAAGCCUUUCACUGGAUUGCUGGUUAUCUUGUGUGCGUAUGCAUUAUUCGCGGAGUUCUCGACUAUUUUCACCUGCUGGCCUAUUGCAAAAUACUGGAACGAUGACAUUCCUGGCGGCUGUAUCGAUCGAGCAAUAUUACACUAUGUGAUCGCAGGCAUAAACAUCGCGAUUGAUCUGACAUUACUAAUCAUCCCAAUCCUGCACCUUAAGAAGCUACAUAUUACACCUAGAGCAAAAUGGGUCCUUAUAGCAUGUUUUGCUUGCGGUGGCGUUGCAUGCAUCGUAGCAAUCAUCAGGCUGCAAGCCCUUCAUGCUAACAUUUCAGCCACAACCGAUGAACAGCCAAGCAUGUCUGUCAACAUAGCCAUCUGGUCCCAUCUAGAGCUCAACAUUGCGAUUACCUGUGCUUCAGUCCCAGCAAUUAAACCGAUCUUCGUCAAAACAAUCCCGAAGCUGAGUCCAUCCCAAAGCUCUCAGCGAAGAGAUAUAUACCCUUCUUCAGGCAACAAAUCUAGAGCCGGCGUCAUGCAUAGCCAAACCAUCAAGCAGAACACUGUGGUUAGCACCAAUGAAUUCGAGGAGCGUGAUAUGGGAAUCAGGGUUGAUGACCGUAUUGAGCUGGAGACCAUAUACAUUGCAGACAAUAGCAGCGAGAAGAACCUUGUCACCGUUUCUUGGACUGCUGAUUGUUAUACGGCGACGCCAAACAUACAAGCGGCCACCCGUCAAGCCCGGGAAUAACUGACGAUAGUCUAAGACUGGAGCUACUCAGGAGCCGUAGGCGAGUACGCUAGAAUAGCACCUUGUGGUAUAUGACUAUGUUGAUAUACAUAGAAAUAAUCUUCGGCCUGUACUUUUAACGUGAGUCAAUCAAAUAAAUAGAAAGUACAACACAAGCCCC